AUGCAUAUUAUUGGUGUUGACGUCGGUGGUACAAAUACAGAUGCGGUUCUACUCAGAAUCGAAGAUGAUCAAUCACCCAAAGUAGUUACUGCUGUGAAAGUAGUAACAACUUCGGAUGUGUUUUCAGGAUUGAUUCAUGCCGUGAAACAAGUUGUGCAUAACACCAGUGUAAAUGCUAUCGUGGUUGGUACAACACAUUUCAUCAAUGCAUUAAUUCAACGGCGGGAUCUAGCUAAAGUUUGCAUCUUACGACUUUGCGGACCGGCAACACAUUCCAUCGCACCGAUGUCAAAUUGGCCACAAGAUUUAAAACAUGCAGUCGAUGGAUUGACUCCUCUAGUUUCUGGUGGUUAUUUCUUCGAUGGAUCGGAGAUCAGUUCAUUGAACGAGGAAGAAGUUCGGUCGACUGUUCGUCGUGCUCUCGCUUUGAAUAUUAACACAUUUUGUGUGAGUGGUGUUUUUUCACCAUGUCGAACUGAUCAAGAAGUUCGUGUUGGAGAGAUUAUACAUGAAGAAUCACAUACGGCAUACGUUACACUUUCGCAUGAAGUUGCUGGUCUUGGUCUAUUGGAAAGAGAAAAUGCUUCGAUACUCAAUGCUUGUCUUCGCCCGUUGGUGAUGCGGACGAUCGGAAUGCUAAAAGAUUCCCUUCCUCACGACGCUUCUAUUUUUCUUACAAGAAAUACCGGUACAUUACUUUCGUCUGAAGAUGCGACACGAUGGCCAGUAUUUACUUUUGCUAGUGGACCAACGAAUUCCAUGAUCGGUGCAGCUCAUCUGAGUGGCAUUCAAAAUGGAAUUGUCAUUGAUGUUGGAGGAACAUCAAUUGAUUUCGGUGUCAUUGUUAAUGGCCGACCGAGACAAACCCACGCAAAUAUAAAAUUAGUCGACGACAUUCGAGUGAACGUUACCGUACCUGACACAUAUUCUUCACCCUUGGGUGGUGGUACAGUUAUUCAUGUGACUGAAGAAGAUCAAUCUGUUCAAGUCGGACCUGAUAGUGUCGCCUAUCAACUUGAACAACAAGCUCUAGCGUUUGGAGGACGAACAGUUACUGCUACUGAUGUGGCUCUUGCAGCUGGUCUAGUCAAAGAGAUUGGUCAUCGUGAUGUUAAGCUACCUGCAAAAAUUAUUGAACAAGUCCUCGCAUAUGUGAAUAAAACGGUGACAAGUGGCGUCGAUCGAAUGAAAACAAACCCAGAGCCAGUUCCAGUUAUUCUAUGUGGUGGUGGUUGCAUUCUUAUCGACCAAAAUAAAUCCUUUCCAGGCGUAACUAAAAUGAUACGUCCCGAUCACUUUGCUGUAUGCAAUGCUGUGGGUGCUGCUCUAUGUUCAGUAAGUGGAACUCUUGAUCUCAUUACAGAUCUUGUUCCAACAUCUGUUGACGGAGGCACACAGCGUAAAGCUGAACUUGAUCGAUUAGUUCUGCAAGUUCAGGAACAAUUUAAUCACAAAGAAGGAAUCAAACUAUUGACUGGAAGUUAUUUGCAGGAGUUUGCAAAUAAAGGAUUGAUACCAAAUACACUGCUUGAACCAUUAAAUUAUCUUUCGCAAAUGUUAGAUGCUGUCACUAAGCGUUUAAUCGAAGUCCUUGAUCAACAUUCAGUAUUUCAACAGCAUCCGUCUUUAUCAAAUCUUAUUAAACGAGCUCGUUUACCACUGAAAAAUGAACAUUUUGGUAUGCUUGAUAUUGUAUCUUAUUUUAAUGAUAAAAGUGGUUUUCAACCACCACAAAAUGGAGAAUCAACUGAAGAAGUGAAUUGCGUUCCACAUUAUGAUCCAGGAUUACUUUCAAUUAGUAUUCUAUCAACACAUGAAGGUCUUCAAUUGAAAAAGAUCAUAAAUAAUGAAUGGAUUGAUGGACCAUUAGAAUCAAAUAUUGGAGUUAUUUGGUUAGGAGAAAAAGCAUCUCGAAUAACAAAAAAUCGAUUGAAAGCAGGAAUUCAUCGAGUUAUCUAUCCUCGAGAAUCGAAACGUCGAUUGACGGUUUGGUAUGAAAUAUGUACAACUCAGCAAUUAAAAGAUAUUAGUGAUAAGAAGACGAAUGAAAUAAUGGCUGGUGGAAUGGUUACAUUUAAUAAUCUUCCAGGAGCAUCUCCUAUACCUGUAUUUCGUAAUGAGAGAAGAUUGGAUUUUCUGAUGCGAUUUGAACGGUCUCAUGGAUUAACAAUGACUAAAGCGCCUCCACCGCGAUAUAUUCUCCCAAAACAUGGCAUUUCAUUUCCAACAGAUUAUUCAAACACGAAUUACAGCGGCGCAGAAUCUUCCAUGAAACAGUCGCGUUUGCGCCCACGGACAAACUUGUCCUCGAAGUCUCAAUUUUCGGAAAGUAAAAUUUCAAAACGUUCACGUAGAAAUACGCCAAAGAUUUCCCCCAAAACGAAAAAUACCCCCCUCCACCACGCGGAGGCGCACGAGGAAGAUUCUGCACCUCCGACGAAUUAA